AUGAAUUCAACUCGACGCCAAAUUCUACCGAAGCUUAAGCGACGACACGGUGAAAUUUCUCCAGGCGAGCUUCACCCAACACCACCUCCACACCACUUCUUCAUCACGCUUGGUCAUGCUGCUACAUUGAUGUCCAGCAGAUCAGCAUGGCAGAUAUGGCAGACGUCCCGCCUGCUGGCUCCGGCAAGAUCUCCAGGGUUCCGAGCCGGUAGCAUACACAAGCUCAGGCACCACCGAAAGCCUGCGUCCACCCUACAAUGGCUCCCAGCAGCCCAGUUCAGCACCACGGUUCCCAAGCCUUCCAACUAUGAAGUCCCAGAUCGGGACUUGGUGUAUUCAAACAAGGAGGUGGAAGAGCGUAUGCGAGAAUUGGCACCCGUCGGUACUAAUCUCCACCCACGAUAUGCACCUGCUGGACAGGAAAGGGACAUAAAGACGCUCGUGAGCGAGUUCGAAGACAAUGAGGGGGCCGCCAUCCCUGAGAAUGAUUCAGCUGCAGACAUAAAAGUCGCUGGGAGAAUAUCUUCUAUUCGUUCAUCUGGAUCGAAACUCGUCUUUCUCGAUCUUGUAAAGGACCAGUCGAAGAUACAAGUCACCAUAUCCCAUGCCUCCCUUGCCUCCGAUAUCGCCCUUGACGCUUUCAAACGUCAAACGCGCUUGAUACGUCGCGGCGACUACGUUUCCAUUCGGGGCAGCCUCCCGUUCCGCUCAAAGAAUGGUCAAAUCACAAUCAAAGCCUCCGAGCUCCCGGUACUCUUGUCUCCCUGUCUGAAUCGGUUUCCCGUCGAACAGCCAGGCUUCGCCACGAGUGAGACAUCGGAGUCAAACUUUACCCCACGACACGUAGAAAUGCUCACGGAUCCCGAGGUAAUUUCGACGUUUAAAGCGCGGUCGGCGCUGAUACGUGCCAUGCGCUCCUUUUUUGAACAGCUAUCUUUCGUCGAAGUUAGCACUCCUAUUCUCUCCGCCUCCGCUGGCGGGGCGACGGCGAAACCGUUUGAGACCAGUUCGACUCAUUUCGACAGGAAGCUCGCGCUCCGCAUCGCGCCAGAAUUGUAUCUCAAACGCCUCAUGAUCGGCGGCAUGACCCGUAUCUUCGAGAUCGGGCCGUCCUUCCGCAAUGAAGGCGUCGAUAAGACGCACAAUCCGGAAUUUUACACGUGCGAGUUCUACGCCGUCGACCACGAGCUUAGCCAACUCAAGGCGUAUACGCAUCAAUUACUCACAGUCAUUGCAAACGCCAUUCAAACUCUGCCAAUGGCACCGAGCUCGGAACAAUCGUGCUUACUGAUCAAGCAGAUCGGUGAGGGUGAGCACUUUGCCGAGUUCGACUUCAUAUCCACCCUCAACUCCGAACUGGGCAGUGACCUACCCAACCUCUCUUCUCCAGACGCGCAAAAGAACUUGAUCGAAAUAUUCGAGACCAAGUCCCUCCCCAUCCCUUCGAACCCUACCGUCCCAAGACUCGUCGACAAACUCGCGUCGAUCUACAUCGAGCCCAAGUCCCUCGACGAGCCGAUAUGGAUCACAAACAUUCCCGAGUGCCUUUCUCCACUCGCAAAGUCGUACGUUCAUCCUUCGGCUCCCAACUCCCAACGCGUCGCCGCGCGGGCAGAGCUUUUUAUACAGGGUAAAGAAGUCGUCAACUGCUACGAGGAGGAGAACUCGCCGUUCGAGCAACGCAGAAAGUUUACCGACCAACAGCGCCUGGCCCGGCAGAACGAAGAUCAAGACAUCGUCGACGAGGAAGCGAUGCUCGUGGAUGAAGAUUACAUUCAGGCUCUCGAAUGGGGUCUCCCGCCCACAGGCGGCUGGGGAUGCGGAAUCGACAGGCUCGUCAUGCUCUUCACCGGACGGGAGAGGAUAGGCGAUGUGUUGAGUUUUGGCACUUUGAGGGCCGUGACAAGAGGCGCUGAACAGAAGGAUUCGUUGGACGUCCCGAGUUAA